AGAACAUCAACUCCUCCUUUCUUUCUCUGCUAACAAUUGCCUUACGCAGUUGUAACAGUACAAGUUAUUCCUGAACAAAACUCACCACGAUAUUGAAAUUAUAAAUUAUAACAAUGGAAUACCAAUAACGCAUAAGUAACUUGUAAAUCAUUUACAUUUCUUUCUUAUCUCUCUUACGCCCGUCUGCGUAUCGUUAUAAAUUUUUUUCUACUUAAUAAUUAAAUCAAGUCGUUUCCAGCGUGUCCCCCCCUUCCCCUUUUUUUCAAUACCACUAAGAGAAGACCUGGUCACGGCAAGCAAUUAAAUUAUCCAAAAAAAAAAACAACUACAAGAACAUGUCGCCCUCCGAAACUAAAUCAGAAACCCCAGAUUCCUUCAUCAAUGCCGACGACAGCCGCAAGUACUGGUCCGCCAUCGACCCUGAUGUCAACGGCAUGCUGGGCGGGUACCCGACAGUCUCCCGCGUCGACCUGAGAGGCUCGCGGAGCUUCCUGGCUAAGGUUGGUCUGGGCCGCACUAAGGGCGUGAAGGCUGUGAAGAGGGCGUUGGAGGGCGGUGCAGGGAUCGGACGCAUAACGCAAGGGCUACUCCUCGACGUUGCCGAGACGGUGGACGUCGUCGAGCCCGUCGCCAAGUUCACGGCAGUGCUGGAGGGCAAGCCGGGCGUAGGCCGCGUCCACAACGUCGGGCUGGAGGAGUGGCAGCCCGAAGACGGCGUUCAGUACGACCUCGUCUGGAACCAGUGGUGUCUGGGCCACUUGACCGACCAGCAGCUGGAAGAGUACCUGAGGCGGUGCAGCUCCGUGCUGAGCGUCGGAGACGAUGGGAAGACCAAAGGGGUCAUCGUGGUGAAGGAGAACUUGAGCACGUCGGAAGAGGACUUGUUUGACUCGGAGGACAGUAGUGUUACAAGGCAAGACGAAACAUUCAGACGCAUCUUCGAGGCUGCGGGAUUACGUAUAAUCAAGACGGAGAUACAGCAUGGGUUCCCCCACGAGCUGUAUCCCGUCCGCAUGUACGCACUAAAGCCCAAGGAAAACUAAUAAUAAAGAAGUAACA